AUGCAAGAAGCCUUGGAUAGAGUAAAACGUGAAAUGCCUCCUUCAAUUGCUGAAUCUGAAAUUCUUGGUUUUUUUUUAAUUUUUUUAAAUCUUUGCUUAUUUUUAGAAUAUUUGGCUUUUGCUCUUUUCAAACAAGGAAAUAUAAAGCAAGCAUUGAUUACAACUGAUAGACUUUAUCAAAUUGCUCCUUCUCACCCACGAGCCAAAGGAAAUAUAAAAUGGUAUGAAGACCAGAUGAAAGCUGAUGGAAUAAAACCAAUAGAUAUGCGCCGUAACAUUCCCCCAAUUGUGAAUCCUAGAGCUGGCGAUUCUUUGGGCAAUUCUGAAAGAGAUAUUUACGAGGCUCUCUGUCGAGAUGAAGUUCCUGUGAGUCAAAAACAAAUAUCAAAACUUUAUUGUUAUUACAAAAUGGACAGACCUUUUCUCCUUUUGGCUCCUUUUAAAGUUGAAAUUAUGCGUUUCAAUCCUUUGGCUGUUCUUUUUCGAGAUAUAAUAAAUGAUGAAGAAAUUGAACAAAUACAAGAAUUAGCCAAACCAAAAUUAGCUAGAGCAACAGUCCAAAAUAGUCAAACUGGGAAAUUGGAAACUGCUUCUUAUCGAAUUAGUAAAAGUGCUUGGCUAAAAGGAACAGAUCACCCAAUUGUUGAAAGAGUUAAUCGACGAUUAAAUUUAAUGACUAAUUUGGAAAUGGAAACGGCUGAAGAAUUACAAAUUGCAAAUUAUGGGAUUGGUGGUCAUUAUGACCCUCAUUAUGAUUUCGCAAGGGAAGAAACCAAAGCAUUUAGUGAUUUGGGGACUGGAAAUAGAAUUGCUACAGCACUUUUUUAUUUGUCAAAGCCAGAUGAAGGUGGAUUUACGGUAUUUACUGAUUUAAAGUCAGCAAUGAAGCCAAGUAAAUAUGAUUGUCUUUUUUGGUAUAAUUUGUUGAGAAGUGGUGAAGGUGAUCUUCGAACACGUCAUGCUGCUUGUCCAGUACUUUUAGGUACCAAAUGGAUUGCUAAUAAAUGGAUACACGAAAAGAAACAAGAAUUUUUACGUCCUUGUGCAUUAAUGCCUUCAGUACAAGAACGCUAUGUUGGCGAUUUGGGAGGCCCAGAACCUCGUUUUUAUCCAAAUAUUUCGCCUUAUUGUAAAAAGGGUGCUUAUUGUGAAUAA